CCGAGUAGAACGUUUCUGCGCUCAUCAACGGCGUGAGCGGUUGGGGAAUUCAAAGGGACCAUCACCGGCAUGAGAGUGGAAGCUGGAUACUAGCAUGUCAUUCAGUCGAGGAUAGAGAAAACCGUAGACAGCUGCGGGACGGGGAGAUGGUCUGUGAUUCAAGGGAAGCAGGUGGCGAGGGUGGAGGAAGAUGCGUCAGGUGAGCGGCUACAGUAUGUGCACAGCCAUCGCCUAACAUCUGUCAUUGCCAGUGCCAGUUCCACAGAUAUUCAUAUGAUAUAUUCCGACGGCUGUCGAAUCUUCUGUUACACGAUACAUUUAGUUACUACACGCAUUUUCACGCCCGCGAUCAGUGGUGGAAUAGACGGAGUGAGGUGUGAGCAAAGACGAUGCCAUGCUCAUCAGCCGCUUUGAUGCACUCGGCGUCCAUGACACUGCCGCUCGGGGCAGCCAGGUACCUCACGCCGCUCUUGCGGGCACGAUGCACGUUGUCAGGGAACGGGAAGAACGCGUCGCUCGAGCACGCAACCCCAUCCAGCUUCGCCGCCCACUCGGCUCGCUCCUCAGCUGUUAGCGGAGCCACGGCACCCUCAAACAUGCCCUCCCACUGCUCCUUCUCCCCGCCCUCCAGGACCUCUCCGCUCACAAACAGAUCGAUGGCAUUCGCCUUUUCGGCACGCUUGACGCCCUUCUUGAACGGCAGCGCAAGAGUCCGCGGGUGAUGGCGCAGCCACCAUAAAUCGGCCUUGCCUCCCGCGAGCCGGGUGCAAUGGAUGCGCGACUGCUGGCCGGCGCCGAGACCGAUGAUGGCCCCGUUUUUGGCGUACCCGACACUGUUCGAUUGCGUGUACUUGAGCGCCAGCGUCGCGAGGAUCAGGUCCGUUUUGGCUUCGGUCGGCAGCU